AGGACAUUUAUGAAAGAAAAUGGGGGCUUCCCAUCUCCCCAAGAUCCUACUCGGUUCAGCCAGAUGUUUCCUAUAUAAAUGUCUUUUUCUGCCUGUUCAUUUUGGUGGGUGGGUGGCCUGCCUUCUCUUCCCCACCACCCACGUCCCUUCCCCAUCUGCCCCUGGCCUCCAGGCCCUGUGAGCAGCUGGGGUAGGGUCUCUGGGUCUUCCCCACCGCCUUUUCUUCUGUCGUUGUCGCUCCAGCUGGCUGUAUUGCUUUUUAAUAUUGCACCGAAGGUUUUUUAAAUAAAAAUUUUAAAAAAAAGGAAAAGAAAAAAUGCCAGGGAGUCCAUUUUAUGAAUGGGUUGGGGGAGGAGGCAACUGAAGAGCCACCAGCCUACCAGUAGAGCCUAGGAUAAGGACAGUGAUGUUUGCGGAGGGAGGCAGCAUAGUGAAUGGGAUAUAAUAGUAGUCCCUCCAGGAGGGCAGGGGUAUCGGCUUUGUUCUGUGACAUUUUCCCUCACCGUCCAGAUAGUGCCUGACACACAGUAGGUACUCAAAAGUUUUUUGAGUGACUAGCAGUCCAUUACAAGUCUUUUGUCAGUCAUCCUUUCAGCAGCCCCAUGAGGAGAGAGCUCAUCAAAACCAUUUUAUAGAUGAGGCAACUAGCUCAGUUUUAGAUACUUGCUCAAGGUCACACAGGGCAGGGGGUGACACCUGUCUGCAUUCUUUAAAAAACCUAUUGCCCUGGAGUCAAUUCUGACUCCCAGCGACUAUAGAAGAGAGUAGAACUGCCCCAGAGGAUUUCCAAGGAGUGGCUAGUAGAUUGGAACUGCCCACCUUUUGAUUAACCACUGUGCAUUUUUUACCCAAACCAAAAAACCAAACCCAGUGUCACUGAACUGAUUCUAACUUGGUGACCCUGUGUGUGUUAAUAAAACACUCCAUAGGGUUUUCAGUGGCUGUAAUCUUACAGAAGUAGUUUGCCAGGCUCUUCUGUGGCACCACUGGCUGGAUUCCAAUUGACAACCUUUUGGUUAGCUGAGAGCAAACUGCACCACCCAGGGAACCUGAGUUCUUUACCCAGAGGCUUCAAAUGUAAUUAGUGCAUUUGAUCUAACAGCUAUUUGCGUAUCGGCCUUUGCAUGCUGCAGAGAAUCCAGUGUACAAGUAUUGGGGGCAGAAGUAUAUUCUGGGACCACGGUAGGGUCUCUAGGCCUUUCAUCUGCUGCAUAAAAGGAACAGAAGAGAUUGGGCCAAGUGAAGAUUUUUAUUCUUGGUAGUAGUACCAGCUAAUACUUUAGAAGUCCCUACUAAAUUUUAAGGCAGUUUCUCAACUCCAUUGGCGUUUAAAAAAUACAAGUUCCAGGGCCUGGGAAGUCAGUGUCUGGAGGUGGGGUCUGGACAUCCUCUAUACCUGCGCCGGGGGUUUGGACACACUUUAAGAGAUCCCUUUUCCCUAGGAAACUGCCUCCACGAGAAAAAGUCCCCAGCCACACCUCCAGGACAUGGCCGCGCCAGUCCUGGCCAAGGUCGACGGCCGGUGCCGGGGAGAGCGCGUGUGCGCGGGGCCCCGCGGGAGCGCAGAGCGGCCGGGAGCUGCGCGCCCCUCCCGCGUGUUGAAAUUCAAAUGAGGCGAACUCCCUAGACGCGGCGCGGCCCCGGCUAAGAGGUCGAGGCAGGGGCGAGUUGGAGGGGGCCGCGCUCCAAACCUAGGCAAGACUGAGUCUCCGAGACUCCCGGAGCUCCUGGGGCGGGGUCGAACCCGCGGCCAAGGUGCGCGGAGGCGCUUUAGAGAGCUCCCGCCCUCAGCGCGAUGGCUACAAAGCAGUGGUUCCUGGGGCCGCUACUCCCGGGUCCUGGGGAAACGCCACCGUUGGAGGACUUGGAACCCGGGGCGCCGCCCUGUGGAGACCCCUCGUGGUCUACUCCCCUUGACAGGCCUGCGGACCCCGCUGAUCUGGAGCCGGAGGACGCUCAGGGGCCGCUGCCUGAGGCCCCUGCCUCCACACCGUCCCCAGAACCUCUGACUCCGGCCCCCGGGCCGAAUCCUGCUUGCCUACCCCUGGACACCAUGUUCAGGCCCAUCACCGAACAGCUUCGCUACCUGCUGAAGAAGGCAGAUGAUUUCCAGAGCUACCUGCUCUACAGCAGGGACCGAGUGCAGAAGGAACAGCUGGCAAAGGCCAUGCCCACCUUCUUAAAGAUGUGUGAGCCCUACUUCCUGUACCUGGAGGCGGCUGCGCGGAGUGUGCCCCCCAUCUAUGGAACCUUGCAGGAGCUGGUUCGAAAAGGGCUGUUGGAGAUCUCCCAACAGCUGACCCUGCGCCUAGAACAGCUGGUCCUCAUGUAUGCCUCCUUUGGGUUGGUGGACCUGGAGGAGACUGACCCCCUGAGCAUCUCCUGUUUCUUCUGCGGGAGGUUCUCCAUCAGCCCUUCCCAUGAGGUGUCCAUCUUCAGAUACUGUGCCCCAGCCGCCUACACUGCCAGCCGCUUCCCCCGCUACCUCUACAAGAAAAUGCGCUGGAACCUGGAGACCACCCCAGAGCCCAGCAGCUGGGGGCAAGAUUCCCAUGUGGAUUACUACUUCCUGUGCUAUCGAGACACAUGGGAAGACACAGGCAAGAGUCCAGUCAACUCCUGCGCCCAGAUCCAGAAGCUGUGGUCCAUUGGCCGAUGGGUGCCCCUAGGACCAGUCGACGACGACCUUUAUUCAUGGAUUUUGUGCCCGCAGCCGCCUGGAGACUACCAGCAGCUGCUGACCAUCGGCUUCGAGGAGCCGUCGCACAUGCUGGCCACUGACUUGCUGGUGCAGAUCCUCACUGGCCAGGCAGGCACUGCCCGGCCUCCGAGCGCGGCCGCUGCGUGGGCCGCUCACGGAUCUUGAACUGGGGG